AUGGCAAUAAAGGCGAAAAAUAUCCAAAAAUUACAGGAAAUCGAAUUACGGAAGGGUGUAUUCGACGAAUUGUCUUCCUUUCAUGGAGACUUUAAAGAUUGCCCGUGGAUAAAGGUCAAUAAUUUAAACUAUGAACUAUCGGAAGGCGAUAUACUCACAGUUUUCGAGCAAUACGGAACAAUUAUUAACUUCGAACUCAUAAGAGACGCAAAGACAGGAGAUUCUCGCGGAACGGCCAUCAUGGAAUACGAAGAUUGGAGAUCAACUAUACUUGCUGUCGAUAAUUUGAACGGAAUUACAUUACUUGGACGAACUAUUAGCGUUGACCAUUGCAGAUAUACUCUAAAUGAAAAAAGCCAUAUGGUCGCUCCACGAACAAUUACUCCAGCACGCCUUUCUACUAAAGAAAGGCCAGCUCCGCAAAUUGACGAAGGAUCCGCAUCUUCUACAGAAACUGAUGAAGAAGAUUGA